AUGGCUACAGACUCGUCGUCGUGGUUCGCGGGCGAGGCGCUGCGGCUGCUGGAGGCGCGCAACCGGCGCGAGGUGGCGGCGUUCAGCGACCUGAUCGCGUCGCACCAGCAGCUGCUGUUCCGCUCGGCGCUGGGCGCGAGCUCGUCGUCGCUGGGGGCGUCUCUGCGGCUGCCGGCGCCCAGCGCGCAGGAGCAGGACGACGCGGCGGCGCAGAAGUACCUGGCGGCCAUCCAGCGGCUGGAGCGCGAGCUGGCGGAUAAGAACGCGCAGCUCGCGAGCUACGCGGGGCAGCAGCUGGCGCUCGUGAGCGAGAGCAAGACGCUGCUGCAGGAGCGCGAGGCCUGGGAGCGGCAGCUGCUGCUGGUGACCAAGCGCCUGGACGAGGAGACGGUGCUGGGCCACGAGAAGGACAAGGCGCUCAAGGAGCUGGACGCCGCGCUGCUGCUGGCGCGCGAGGAGCUGGCCAGGCAGCGCGCGCUGCUCGAGCAGAGCGAGGCCGAGGCCGAGAGACUGCGCAAGCGCAACGCCGAGCUCGAGACCCAAGUGCAGGAGAAGAGCGCGCUGCUGCACGAGUGGAUUCAGGCGACGAGUGGCGACGGAGAUGGGAGAACGGAGCACCCGUCACCGGCGCUGUCGGCUAGUGCCAGGAUGGCGCAAGAGGUGGCGGAGAGCAUGAGCCACUUGCUGCUGAGCGAGGAGGAAGGACUGGGUGGUGCGGGCCCCGAAGCCAAGUUGGUGACGCACGUCACACACUCCAUCCGAGCCCAUGCCACCGAGGUGAACUCGGUGUGCUUUAAUACGUCUGGGAAGAUUCUGUUUAGUGGCAGUAGUGAUGGAACGGUGAGAGCGUGGGAAGCGGAGGCGGGCUCGGCGUCGCCGCCCAGAGCUCUAGGAGAGUACCGAGGGGUGGGCACGGCUCAUCCGUUGCUGUGUGUGCGAGCGUCGGAGGACGGAGCGUUGGUUCUCGGCACGGGCUGUGAUCGCAAGUGUUUUGUCUGGAGAGUGGGCACUGGGCGUGUCAUGCAGACGCUCACAGGACACAAGGGCAAAGUUCUGGCGGCAGAGUUUUCUCCUGUGGUGCCUCACGAAGUGAUCACAGGUUCGUCGGACCGCAGUCUGCGGGUGUGGGACGUUAUGCGCGGGGUGCGGCUGCAGACGGUGGGCUGCGUCUCGAGCUGCAAUGACAUUGCGGCACCGACAGGUGCCGAUGCUGGGUUCGUCCAGUUCGCGAGCGCUCACCAGGACGGCGCAGUUCGUUUUUGGGACACCAGGACACGUCGCUGCGUGCAGGAGAUGCGUGGUCUCCACACCGAGCAAGCGACGUCCGUGAGUUUCGGCGGCAACGAGCUGCUCACCAACUCGCGCGACCAUUCUCUCCGAAUCAUCGACCCGCGCACCUACGGCGUGUUGCGCGAGCUCCGUCACAAGGACUACCAGUGCGGGUUCGACUGGAGUCAGGCUUCUCUCAGUCCAGACGGUCGAUACGCACUCGCCGGUGGAGCUUCGGGUCUCAAACCCGGUCCCACCGGCCACCACGGCGCCGUCGCCUGCUGCGUGUGGCGUCCCGACGGCCAGGGCGUCGCGUCCUGUGACAAGAACGGCGUGGUGGUGCUCUGGGAGUAA